ACUUGCAUAAAUCAUAGCAACCCAAGCAAAUCUUAAGAAAUUUUUGAAAACCGAAAAAAACAAACAAAUUUUAAUUAUCGACAAUGAUGGCAGCGGUGGCGCGUUUCAUUGGACUGGAUAAAUUGCGAACCGCUCUUCGUGACUAUCGAAACUCUGGUGGAUUCCGAGCCAGUCUCUAUAAACUGUACCGGAUGAGUACACUUAAAACCGGUCGACUGGUGGGUGAGGACAAAUAUGGCAAUAAGUACUUCGAAGAUUCGAGUCAAUUCUUCGGCCGUAACCGAUGGGUAGAGUAUGCGGCGUAUCGUGGCGAAUCCUAUGAUGCCUCCCAAGUUCCCGCCGAAUGGUUCGGCUGGUUGCACAACCGUACCGAUCUACUUCCGAUGCGAGAUCCGUCCCGUCCCCAGUAUCCGUGGAUGUUAGAUCAUAGUGAAAAUUUAUCCGGAACGAAAAGUGCUUACAUGCCAUAUUCUACUACCAAGGAGAAGAUCGAGGCUUGGGAUCCGAAGGCGUCUCGGGGCGGAAAAGAAUGUACUAGUUCCAACUGAAUAAAUCUU